CUCCGCCGGACUCCAGGAGACCGAGGGGGCCAGCGCGGGCCGCGCCCGCUCGCCAUGGGCCCCCUCACGGCGCGGCUGCUCAUGCAACGCGGGCGACCCAAGAGCGACCGGUUGGGGAAGAUCAGGAGCCUGGACCUGUCACGGCUGAACCUGCUCUCUGAGCACCUGGACCCGAAGCUCCUGAGCCGCCUGAAGCAGCUGCAGGAACUUGACCUCUCCUACAACCUGCUGGAGGCCCUGCCGCCCAACCUGGGCCUGCCGCACCUGCGCAUCCUCCGCUGUGCCAACAACCAGCUGGGGGAUGUCACUGCCUUAAGCCAGUUCCCGCAGCUGGAGGAGCUUAGCCUGGAGGGCAACCCCUUCCUGACGGUCAAUGACAACCUCAAAGUCUCUUUUCUCCUGCCCAAGCUACGCAAGGUCAAUGGCAAGGAUGCGUCCUCCACUUGCACUCAGAUGGAGAAUCUGAACCGGGAACUGACCAACAGGGUCACAGCUCACUGGGAGAAGUUCAUGGCUGCACUGGGCCCUGGAAAGGAGACCAAGAAAGCCCAGGCUGACUUCGUGAAGUCCGCCGUCAAGGACGUGUGCUAUGGCCCGGACUCUCUCCGCGAGUUCACCCAGUGGCGAGUUCGGAUGAUCUCUGAGGAAUUGGUAGCCUCCGGUGGGACCCAGGUGCAUGAGGCAGACGUCCCAAAGAGGCCCCAGGAAACUACAGCUACCUACAAGCCCAGGGCCAGGCUGAUGUCCUUGAAACGGCCAGAUGAUGUCCCACUCAACCUUCCUUCCACCAAGCGAGCUUGUAACUCCCCAUCAGCCCAGAUGGAGGGCGGCCCCUCAGGCCCCGACAGCAGCCAGCCUGCCCUGCAGCUGGAGCCCCUACACUUCCUGCAGUGCCACAGCAGGAACAACAGCCCUCAGGACCUGAAGACCCAGCUGUGGGCCUGUGCCUUCGAGCCAGCCUGGGAGGAGGGGCACUCCGGGGCCACCUCCCAGACGGUGGCCACGUGUGGCGGGGAGGCGGUUUGCGUGAUAGACUGCCAGACGGGCAUCGUGCUUCACAAGUACAAGGCGCCUGGCGAGGAGUUCUUCUCAGUGGCCUGGACAGCCCUGACAGUGGUCACGCAGGCAGGCCACAAGAAGCGUUGGAAUGUUCUGGCGGCCGCAGGCCUGCGUGGCCUGGUCCGGCUACUGCACGUGCGGGCGGGUUUCUGCUGCGGGGUCAUCCGGGCCCACAAGAAGGCCAUCGCCACCCUCUGCUUCAGUCCCAUCCAUGAGACCCACCUGUUCACGGCCUCCUAUGACAAGCGGAUCAUCCUCUGGGACAUUGGGGUGCCCAACCGUGACUAUGAGUUCCAGGCCAGCCAGCUGCUCACACUGGACUCCACCUCCAUCCCGCUGCGCCUCUGCCCCGUCGCCCCCUGCCCGGAUGCCUACCUGUUGGCCGGCUGCGAGGGGGGCUGCUGCUGCUGGGACGUGCGGCUGGACCAGCCCCAAAAGAGGAGGGUGUGCGAGGUGGAGUUCGUCUUCUCUGCGGGCUCCCAGGCACCUGGGCGGAGAGUGGAUGGGCUGGCGUUUGUGAAUGAGGAUGUCGUGGCCUCCAAGGGGAGUGGCCUGGGCACCAUCUGCCUGUGGAGCUGGAGCCAGACAUGGGCAGGCCGAGGCAGCCAGUCCCCGGUGGCUGUGGUGGUCCUGGCCCAGCUGCAGUGGUCAUCCACGGACCUGGCGUACUUCUCGCUCAGCACCUGCCCUGAGAAGGGGGUCGUGCUCUGCGGAGAUGAGGAGGGCAGCGUGUGGAUCUAUGAUGUGGAGCACAUCCUAAAGCAGCCGCCUCCACAGCUGGCAGCCCCACAGGCCCCUGUGCAGAUCCUUAAAUGGCCUCAGCCCUUAGCACUUGGGCAGCCGGUGACCAAGACCAUGGUGAACACUGUGGUGGCCAAUAGUGCCUUGACCUACCUCACGGCUCUGACGGACUCCAACAUCAUAGCUGUCUGGAGGAGAUGCUAGCCGGGCAGGCUCCCCGGACGCAGCGCACCAGGGACACGGCUUAACUUAUUUAGCUCGGGGCUGGAGGGGGGCGUUUUGAUAGUGUCUUUAUUAAAUUCUCGAUUUCCA